AUGGCAACCAUUUCAAGGAAAGAGGCUGAUCAGUUCAUCAAAAAUCUGCGAACGAAAACUGGAGGGAUAACCCAAGAUGAUCGAGAUUUCUUGAAAAAGCAUGAUAGGCUUGAUUUACUGGAGGUGAUACUCACCCUCAGACGGAGAUUAGGGGCGUCGACAAGAACGCUUGCUACCAAUCUGUACGCCAAAGAUACUCGAUUCGUUUUCGAGCUUAUUCAAAAUGCGGAAGACAACAAAUACUCGAUCGCUGAGAGCGCUCUCGAAGACCCCUUUCUUUCGUUCACUCUGGAACGGGGCCAAAUCAUCAUUGAUUCGAAUGAGGAUGGGUUUACAGAACAGAAUAUACAAGCUAUUUGCUCCGUCGGCGAGAGUACAAAGGCUAACAGUCAGGGUUAUAUUGGCGAGAAGGGCAUUGGCUUCAAGUCUGUCUUCAAAGUUGCUCGGAAAGUUCAUGUUCAGUCCGGCCCGUUUUCCUUCUCAUUCGAGUACAACCAUGAUGAUGAUGAAGCGGGUCUCGGGAUGGUCACGCCAAUACUUGAAGAGCAUCCUAAACUCCCGGAGUCAGUGAGGACCCGCAUGAUAUUGUCCCUCAGCGAAGACUGCGACUGGCAAGCACUACGAGGUGAAUUUCUGGGUUUGCCGGACACUCUGCUGCUCUUCCUGAAGAAAUUAAAGAAGCUCAAAAUCGCUGUACCUGGACGGGGCUUUGGGGGAUACACUGAAAGCAUUGAGUACGAAUUGACGUCCUCGCGUCACCGCGCCAGCAUCACCAAACGGAUGCUGAACCCCGACUCCAUCCAGAAGCAAGAUUAUUGGAUCACGAAAAGAGAAGUGAAUGACAUGCCUAGAGACAAUGCUCGCAGAAAUAUCACUCGCAGCGAAGUCCUCCUUGCUUUCCCGCUGGACGAUCAAGAUAUUCCUAUUAUUGAAGUACAGCAUGCGUUUGCAUUUCUUCCUCUGCGAAAGGCUGGAUUCAAGGCGAUCGAAAUGCACUCAAAGCUUCAGGCUGUCAUGGCGCUCCGGAUUGUUCCUCUGAGCACUGGCAACUGGGCGAGCCCCCAAAAUGCAAGCAUAUACUUCCCGUUCUCGGAAGGAGUCGAGAUUCCAGAUGAUCUGCCUCUGAGCCUGGUUGAUACACUUUCACUGAGCAAUGAGAGCCGGAAGGUCCUAUUUACACGCCUUGGGAUUACCGAAUGUAAACCGGAGCUUGUAUUCCCGCUCAUCAACCAGCAAUACCAGCGUGCUGGCACAACUCGAUCACAAGCCCUGUCACACAUUAAGUUUGUUUUUUGGCAUAACAGAUAUCUCCAACCGAACCAGCUAGGAUCCAUUCGUAUUCCACCGCAAUUUGGAAACCAUUGGCUUGACAUCAACAGCAGCAGCGUGGGUAGGUGGGCCUAUUGUCCUCGCUCCGAACAUGCCUAUUCAAUGUACAAAGUCCUUGAAUCCACGAUGCCGGCUGAGUUGGAACAGAAGACCUUCUUUCCAACCAUUUCUUGCUACAAGAUGCUCGAACAACUUGAGCGUCGCCACAACUUGACAGGCAUUGAGUGGUUCAGAGGAUUCAUCGAAGCCAAGGAGACACCUCAAUUUAGUAAGAGGAACAAGACAAAGGUUUUAUCCGCUGAGAUAAAAUACGUGGUGGAUCAUUCGAGCCAUUUCUUGCUCGGUGCGCUUGAAGCCUGCCAGAGUCAAUAUCCGCCGCAGUCAUCGACGGAAGCUUACAGCUACUUCAAACAGGCGUUGGUCCCUAUACUUCGCUCCGAACAACGCAGGCCACUUAAGGAUACACGACUCCCUUUACCUAAACUUCGCAGCAUCGUAGCUCGACUUGGGCUAGAAGAGGGGUUUGGGUUCUGCGCGGAGCUUGAAGGAAUUACGGAUGAUGAAAUCACUAAAUGGAAAUUUCUUAGUACGUUUGGAGUCAUCGUCGAUGAGGAUGUAUCCUUCUGGAUUGCGCUUCUGGAUCAGGCUCGGAUUCAAUCCACUGAACCCAGAGUCAUCUUCGAGAUCUAUUCAAACUUGCAGAGGUACUUCGAAGAUGGUGACUGGGGAAAAAUUGCAAAUGCCUUCGGGGGUGGAGAUAAAGUCUUCAUUCCUUCAGGAAUGCCUGACGGCCGCCCUUGUUGGACUACGUUGGAGACCUGCGUAUGGGAUGCCCCAGAUUGGUUCUCAUUUAAGAAUCGACUCGAAGCCAUUGAUGGAUAUCAAACAUUGCACAUCCUUUUCGGCCUAACCCUUGGGGUAGAAAGCGCGAGUGUUGAUGACUUUCUGGCCAACUUGGGUCACAUCAAGGAAGCCACGGGAAAUAUGCCGGAAGAGGAAUCGAAGAUCCCUUUGCUGUACCAAGAGCUCAGCAAAGAGUCGAAGGAAGCAGACACUGCCAAGGAUGCCAUCAGAUCCCAAUUCGAAAGCGACCAGCUGGUUUACCACCCUCAAACCCGAUCAUGGCAUGCACCAUCAGCGUGCAUUUGGGCUGAAGAACGGAUCCAUCUCCCAGGCAAGGUCUCUAUUGCGACCGCAUAUAAAGGGCACACUUCCUUUUUCUGCAGCCUUUUGAAAGUGCCGAAGCCGGACCUGGAUAUGCACAUAGCCGCUCUCCAACAGAAGACACUGCACAAUCCUGAUAGACAGAGCAUCCUGGAGGAGGUAAUCAACAUCUGUGCUUUAGGUCCAACCCCACACGCACUCGAAAGCCUUUCUGCGACCAAAUGUUUUCCGGUUAGGCGUAGCUUGGGGGCCGUCGAAUGGGUCAACCGGGAGCACCAAUUCGUAGUCGUUGACCGGAAUGAACUUGCCGAGCUCUUUGCUGGAAAGGCCGACAUGCUUGACUACUCGUUGGAAGAAUCCCACAGCAUUAAGCCGUUCCUGCUGGGUAUGGGCCUGCAAAAUCGCUCCAUAUCCCGCAUGGUGAAAGAAAAGACUACCGUCCAAGGAGGGUCUCCCGCGCCUGAGCUUACACGAAAUCUGAGGAAGAUAGCAUACGCGAUAUUUCGUUACGCUGCCCAUUUUGGAGGCAGAUCGACGCAACAGGAGCCUGCAGCUGCAUACGAGCGUCUACAGACUAUGGAGAUCCUUACGAGUGACGGUAUCUCGCAAUCUGUUUCACUUCCUCCCCAUGGACCAUCGUCUACCGUUCAGACUGAUCAUGCAUAUUUCCAUCUCGACCACCAGGAAAAUGUCUUGAAGCUCUACGUUCCCAAGGACAAGGAGGACAGGGAGAUUUGCCUUUCGACCGAACUUCCCAUAGCGCUACUUAAACACCUUGGCGUCGAAGACCAUGAGCAAGGAAGGGCCCUUGGAACCGUCAUCACGGCAUCUUCGCUUUCUGUGGUAGAGAAGAUCCUUGAGCACCAGGGUAUAAUCAGUGUCGAAGGCAUUACUCGGCCGCAGGAAGAGCUGUCGCCCGAGCCAGAGGCACGCGAGACGGUUUCUACACCCAUCAGCAGGCUCUUGUCUCGUUCAGAGACUCCUUCGACCCUAGCAAGCGGGAUACAGUCACCUUCGGAGACUCUGUGGCGUCGCGGUGCGGGCUUGCACUCGACACCCGAUCCAGUACCGUCUGAUUGGGACGACGAUGUGUUCUCGACACCAGGAACGUCUGUAUAUGGUGUGCCGCCGGGCCGCCCUGAGCGCCUCACCCUCUACCGAGACCUCCUGGACGGUGUGAUUCGACAGGCAGCAAACCUAUCUGACCUACCAGUGGCAGGACAGAUUCUGCAAUCGCCUUCAGUUCCACAUAUGGUUGCAACGUGGGAUGCCAUUGCCUCAUCAUACUUCAUGGAAACGGAUUUCAAGAUCGGGGUCGCUGGGGAACUUUUCGUGUUCGAAUUAUUGCAAAGCCUCGGCCUACCAGAUUUUGGACGCCACAACUGGCAGAGCACUAUACGUGGUCGAGCGAAGGUACAUAAACGCUACUCAGAUAUUCAGAACUGGGCCGGCUCCGAAACUGCGGAUAUUGUCUAUCAAGACCGAGAUUGCACACUCACGAAGUUGCUGGUUGAAAAGGGAUAUCUGCGAGCCGAUGUCUGGGCUGACCAUUCGCCAGAAUAUUACAUCGAAGUCAAGACGACUGUAUCGACUCUCAAAACGCCAUUCUAUUGUAGUCAAUUGCAGUAUGAUCGAAUGGAAACAAUGAGGUUGGUCGGGAACAUCGCGUCGGAUAAGAUCUAUCUGGUUGCGAGAGUCUUUGCACUUGGCGAUUCUGGCAUGGGAUUGAAGCUGUAUUUGGAUCCAGCGACGCUCCGAAGCGAGAGGCAGUUGGACUUCAGAGCGGAGAAAUACAGUGUGACACCGUUGGCGUAGACAUGGCGCAGAUCUUUCGGAUUAAAUGUCGGAUGAAAUCUAGGGUAUUUUUGGGUUUUCUUUAUGAAAUAUAU